CCUCAUUCCAAAAUAAUAUGCCCGAAGGAUACAAAGUAGAUGCUGCGAAGGCAGUUGGUCACAAGUCACCAAGUGAAGUAGUUGCCUGUAAUCGUAGAGACUAUCUGUUAUAUGCACUUUCUGUCGGUGUUCCUGCAACUGAAUUACAAUGGCUUUAUGAAAAUGAUAGCCAUUUCGGUCCUUUACCUACCUAUGUGCUUUCAUUACUUCUCAAGUCAGAUCACUGGGAUGUCAAUGUAUUUACGGAAAGAUUCAACGCAGGUGGUGGAUUGCCUGGAGUUCCUCCUUACAACCCUGACUGUAUUGUACAUGGUGAACAAUCUCUGGAAGUGUUAAAGCCUUUUCCUGUGAUGGGUGGUCGAUUCAAGUCAGUGAAAACAUGUACGGGUGUAUACGACAAAGGGUCUGGUAUGGUGAUUGCCUCUGUAGUCGAUUUGUAUGGCGAACAAGAUAAUGUCCACUAUUGUCGCAUGGAUAGCAAGAUGUUUGUACGAGGUUAUGGUGGUUGGGGUGGUAGUAAAGGUCCAAAAUCUCCAUCUUAUACGCCUCCUAAUGAUCACCCUGAUUACUCUGUUGAAUUCCAUACUACUCCCCAUCAGGCUCUUUUGUAUCGUCUCUCUGGUGAUUUCAAUCCUUUACAUGCCGAUCCUUCUGUUGCUCAAAGUGUUGGUUUACCUCGCGCUAUCUUACAUGGUCUCGCUUCCUAUGGACAUGUAGGUUAUGCUAUUACUCAAAAAUUCGCUAACAAUGAUCGUCAUCGUUUCAAAUCCAUCACCGCUCGUUUCGCUAGUCCUGUUUUACCUGGUGAAACUGUCACUUUUGAUAUGUGGAAAGUGCCUCAUGAUGCUAAUGCCUUCGGUGUCAUCUUCACUGGAAAAGUUGAAAAUCGUUUGGUACUCUCCAAUGGUUACGCUGUCAUCGCAAAUGAAUCCGUGUCUUCCAAGCUCUAGUGUUUUUUUUGUUAUUAUUAUUUUACGGUAGCAUAUUUCCCUUCUUUGAUUUUGUAUACUAUCGAAAUAAACA